AACCAGUAGAGAAUGCCAAUAGAAAUGCUCUCAUACUACCUGUGCCAGUAGAAAUCCGACCAUCAAAUAAGACAGAAAAGACAAAGCCAAGAAAGUUAUCACUCCCAACUCCAACAUCACCACCAUACAGUUCACCAAUAGUAUCACCGAUAUCUAACCCAAUGUCUGAAACGACUCCAGAACCUAUGUCAGAAGGAGUAUCUGAUUGCCCGUCAUGUAGAAAUUCAAACACUGUUUUGGCAGAUAGUGCUGAAGUCCAGAAGUCACCCACAGUUGUAUCCCCUUCUUCUGAGAAAAGUACACCAAUUACUAAUGAUUGUGAGGUGACCGAGAAAACAGACGGUCCAAAAGAGGUGAUUUAUGAUGAUGUGUUGUAUCCGGAUGACUGUGAAGAUGAUGACGAAAUACCGUAUGAAGAAGAUGUUUAUAGUGGAGAUGGCUUUGAAGACACAGAUUCUGUAUCUACAAACCCCGGUGCUGGUAUUAUUUAUGACGAGAAGCCAAAUGAUGAAAAUAGUUCUCUGAUGGAGAAUGGUUUCCAAACAGUUAACCUAGAUGUUGAACUUCCUGGCACCCCAAUCAGUAGCGAUAGCACUCAUGAAAGUAGUGGCAGUUACAGCAGCACUUCCAGCAUGCGAAUGCUUUUAUCCACUCCCAGUCAUAUUAGAUUAGAAGAUGGUCAUGUAUCCGAUAAGACUGUAUAGAUUUGUGGGCAAGUUUAAAUCUUUCCCAACUCACCUUUCCCAACUCACCUUGCUGUCUGAAUGCUACAUCUUGCCUGGUGAUUUAACAACUAUAUCUAUCCAUGUGUUCACCAUGUGUUGAAUAAAGUGGUCUAGACAUACAAUAUGAUUUUACAAAGAUACAUUACUUACCAAUACGCCAUUCUUAUAAGUCGUGCAUUCUUCUCGUCUCAAAAUGCCAAAUACGAGUGUAAGCAAUUUGGUUUAAACUAAGUUUGGUUGUGUAGUGAUUCGUAGUGAUCAACAAUAUAAUAACAUGAUGGACAACUACAGAUCGAAAUGACAUUUAUGUUUUAAGCAGCCUUUGUUGUCACCCUUCUAUGACAUGAAAUGAUUCGUCGCCAGAGGUGCAAUUGGUGAGAAAAGUAUAUUGAGUGUAAUUUCUGUCAUUUAUAUUCUGUCUUGUAUUGAUUCCAGCUUUUAGCAGAAAAACAUCGUGAUGGAACGACUUUUGACAAAUGCCUGAUCAAACAGCACACAAUCAAUCCACUAUUACAGAUAAACGACUUACAGUGAAUGAUAAUUGUUCAUAUACUCAAAACUUACAAUAUUAGGCUAAAUUAUAUACUCUUAUUUACCACCUACAACCAAUGCAUAGUGUAUAAUAAUGGCGAGUUUUGGUUUAUUACCCAUCUUAUAAUUAAAUUGACGGGUUCAAUGUGAUAUUACAUCACUCAUCUAAUUCUGAAUUCUGGAUUACAGAAACUGUUCGGAAAAUUUAUUUUCGUCAACCAAUAUUUGCUACUCAAGACAGAGAGGUCCAAGUGUCCAAGAAAUUGGACAAAAUAAAGUACAUACUAGGGUCAAUCUUAGCUUUUAUGCCUGUAUAUACCAUUUUCUGUUGAUUAUGAGAUCUUGCAUUGUGUGUAAAAUUGAUUGUGAAAACCGGACUCGUCAUAGUUACGUCAAAAAAUUGUAUAAGAUUCAGCAGAUUGUUUUGGGGUUAUUUUCACGUUGAAAGAAUAUGCUAUAUACAUUUGAUUACGGUCAAUUUUGAUGAAGUCAGGGCAUUCCAAAGCAAUGAUCCCUUCUGAAAAACCAUAUUCAAUAUUGAGCUAUUAAAUAAUCAAAAUCAAGUCAUUUAAUUUUUGCAUAUAUGUCCAGUCACACAUGAAGCGAGAUCUCAUAGGGUGAGGUCCGUCCUUGAAAAUAAUGACAUUGGUUAUGACUUGUUAUUGUACUACUUAUAAUUGUAGUUCUGAUUACAUAUAUGGUAUAUAACAUGACAGCAUGCAUGGUUAUACUCUACUCUAGCUAAACAGGUUUAUUCAAUUAUUUUAUUGGAGUUUUUUUCUUUUAUUUGUUCUGUUAUCAUUUACAUAACACUUAUCACAUUUUAAGAGUGAUAACGUGGGUAUACUUAUUCAUUCAUUAUCCCCUUUGUCAAUGCUGUGUUCAUUGUUAUUGCUUGUCAUGAU